AACUUAACUUUCUUGAUUUGUGUAUUGAGAUUUAUGUACUGCUGCAAAGAGGGUGGUUUUGAAAUGAGUUUUGUUAAAAAGAUUUUUAACUUUUGGGGAACUUAUAAUUGUUGUGCUGGUGUAAAGGACUUAGUUUUUUUUUUUUUUUAUUUGUGUGUUGAGAUUUAUGUACUGCUGCAAAGAAGGGUGUUUGUGAAGAUUAGAAAUGACUUUUCUUGAAAGGUUUUACCUUUUGGGAAACUAUUUGUUGUGUUGGUGUAAAAGACUUACCUUUCUUGAUUAGUGUAGUGUGAUUUAUGUAGUGCUGGAAGAAUUUUCAUAAUGGUGUUUGGGAAGCUUAGAGAUGACUUCUCUUGAAAGGGUGUUGGUUAGUUUUGAGUGAUGCUGAUCUGUGUAGCCAUUUGAAUCUGUAGAUUGUUUUGCUGGUGGCAAUAUGGUUGUGUAAAGGAGAGAAUCAAGAAUUGAAAUGGAGGAAGGAUUCGAGUUUAGGCCGUGGGAUGAAUUGUUACCCGAUGCACUCGGGCUAAUAUUUAGAAACCUUUCUCUUCAAGAGGUGCUAACUGUUGUUCCAAGGGUUUGCAAGUCAUGGGGAAAAGCAGUAAAGGGUCCUUAUUGUUGGCAAGAGAUUGACAUUGAGGAAUGGAGCAAAAAUCGCUGCCCUGAAAACCUUGAUCGGAUGCUUCGUUUGCUUAUUCCAAGAAGCUGUGGUUCCCUUCGCAAACUCUGUGUCUCUGGUCUCUCAGACAAAUCGAGCUUUGAAUUCAUUGCAAACAAUGCCAAAUCUCUGCAGACAUUGCGGUUACCAAAGUGUGAAUUAAGCGACUCCGUAGUGGAACAAGUUGCAGGAACAUUUUCCAACAUUACAUUUUUGGAUGUAAGCUACUGCAUAAAAAUAGGUGCAAGAGCCCUGGAAGCCAUUGGGAAGCAUUGUAAAUAUCUGACUGGUUUGCGUCGAACUAUGCACCCACUCGAGGUUAUCGACAAGCUCUCACAAGAUGAUGAAGCCCUUGCAAUUGCUACAUCGAUGCCUAAGCUCAAACAACUGGAAAUUGCUUACAUGCUGGUUGGUACAUUGAGCAUAUCAGAGGUUCUUCAAAACUGCAGGCAGCUCGAGCUGUUAGACGUAAGGGGUUGUUGGAAUGUGAACCUUGAUGAGAACUUUGUCAAGAAAUUCAAUAAGCUAAAGGUUGUCGGACCUGUUGUCGUGGAUUGCUAUGAUAAGAAUGGCUGGGACAACUGCUCGGACUAUUCAGGUUCUUCUGGUUAUAUACCAUGGGACUUUGUGGCAGGUGACAUUGAUGAUGACUUUGACGAUGAUGAGAUGUCUGAUGACUACUGGGAAGACGAGGAACAUGUAGAGGAUGUGGAAAUGUGGUUCUACGAUGACUUAAAUGCCGUGGAUGCUGGAUAUGAUUGGCCCCAAUCUCCUUGAGGUUUGAUAUUGAACUACGUUCUAAUUCAAUUUCCAGAAGUUUUUCGUAUACUAUAUCUUGUAUCUGCUAAUGACUCUGCUUAUACUACUAUCGAAAUGAAAGUCUGCUUGCUUUCUAAGAUGUAAAUGUGAUUUCUGUGUUCAUCCUCUGGUUAUAUGUACUCCCCGGAAUCAUAUAAUAAAAAAUUGUCAUUGUAUCAAUAGAUUGAGCUAACUA